UGUGACCCGCGCUGACACUAGAGGCGCCCUUGGCUCAGCCUGUGCGCUUUUACGCACAGCAUUAUUAUUCAUUAUUAUUCUUGGAAAGCCUACUAAUCAAUAGAUCCGCACUGGUUGUAAUAUACAACACUGUAUCGGAUCAGGCAGGGUAUUAUGCACGCUUUAGGGCCCUGUUAUUUAACACAACUAAUCCGAAUCCCCUCGAAGUAUUAUUAAGACACUUUGAGAGUGCCACUUUGAUUCAACAUCACGAAUGCUUUAGUUCUGGAUCAUUUAAACUUUAUUUCAGUGCGUUUCAGGUAAUGUGUGCACAAUUAUUAGUCCCUCCUAUUCAGGCUGCGUGAUCGGUGACGCACAGGAGACUCUCCAGACUCCAGCGCGCACGGGGUUCUCCGCGCAUUAUGAUGGAGUGAGCCGAGACUGUACUGUCCAGCUUCCAACAAGAGAAGAGCUCCUCCUCCCUCCCCUGAGAUGAGGUAGUUGGUAAGACCGAGCGCUGGUUAAUCACCAAUUUCUCGCAUCGCGUCGCGUCCUCCGUCUCGAAAGUCCUGUCAUGUAUGCAGCGUCCCCACCGUUGCGCGCCUGACCUCCUGGGUUUUCAACCACGACUUUUGUGUGUCCAUCGCCCGGUAUGGAAGAUCAGAGUGAGCCGACCAUGGUGCAGAAGUCGACAUCGUUCAGCAUCAAGAGCCUGUUACUCCCAUCGAAGUUUGACAAUGAGGGCGCGGUGCGCAGCGGCAGCCCGGCAGCACCGGACUUGGACAAACCCCUGGAAGCGUCCGAGAUGGACUCCGCGCAGCGAGACGCGGAGGAACAGCCGUCUAAAAAGGGAAAGAAAUUCGACAAGCCUCCGUUCAGCUACAACGCGCUCAUCAUGAUGGCCAUCAGACAGAGUCCUGAGAAGCGGCUCACGCUCAACGGCAUCUACGAGUUCAUCAUGAAGAACUUUCCGUAUUACCGGGAGCACAAGCAGGGCUGGCAGAACUCCAUCCGGCACAAUCUGAGCCUCAAUAAAUGUUUCGUGAAGGUCCCGCGGCAUUAUGACGAUCCUGGGAAAGGGAACUACUGGAUGUUGGAUCCCUCCAGCGAUGAUGUGUUUAUCGGCGGAACUACCGGGAAGCUCCGCCGGCGCUCGGCGACCUCGCGGGGCAAGCUGGUGAUGAAAAGGGGCCUCCGCUUCACGCCCCUCGGUCUCGGACUUGGCGAACGCCCGAGCAACCCGCUUUAUUGGCAGCUGUCUCCGUUUUUACCCAUGCACCAUUCGCACUAUAACGGCUCCACGCACGGAUUUCUAAACCAGGGACACGCGUACGGAUCGUUACUCUCCGGCGUGGAGCCGCUCGGGAACGGGGACAUGUCUCGCCACAUUCUGGGAGCCUCUAGCGGGAGUAUCAACGGGUACGGUGUGUCUCCGCCGUCCGCCGCCGGAUUACUUUCAGGUCACAAUGGAUACUUCGUACCGGGUGCGCAGCAGCCGCAGCCGCUCCCGAGUGCUCCGGGAUACGGCAUCUCCAGCUCUCCGUCCCCGCUGCUGUCGGAUUCCCUAAGAACUAGCUUACCGUCCUUCACAGCACCACUUUCUAGCGGACUUCUGUCUCAACACAAACGCGUCGCGCCCAAUUCGUUCCUAAGCUGAGCGUUGCGCGUCCUCUCCAAUGGGAACAUCCACACUUUCCUAGAAAACCUCGAAAUGUGCAAGCUGUCCUUUUGUGUGAGGACUGUGCGUCUGGAAUUAUUAUUUUUUUGUUUGUUUGUUUUUGUCUAUUU